GUAAACCCAGCCCUUUCUCCGAGCCCCGCCGCGAGAUUUCCCGCCUCCGCGCAGCACUUGGGAGCCCGGGCGGCGCCCGGGAGUCCCACUUCUGCGUUGGGGAGCGGCGUGGGCGUGACGUCAUCGCGCCCUGACGUCAGGCCGACGUACAGCACUGUGUCCUGGGAGACCGGGAAAGCCGUUUCGCACCCGGCAGAAUUGAAGUCUAGAUUAUUUUACUUCAGAGCUCCCUCAGUAUAUCUUGAGAAAUUAUGGAUCGUCACAUUCCCAUGCAUGCAUUACCUGAAGAAAUCCAAAAGGUUGUUACGUAAUACUGAGCAGAGUUCCCUGUGUUAUACAAUGUCUCCAGAAGAAAAAGUUUGUAAGUACUGUGGAGUCAGCUAUCUAAUUCUUCAUGAGUUUAAGGCUAUGGAAGAAAAAGUGAAAGCGAUGGAAAAAGAGAUGAAAUUUUAUCAAGGAAGUGUAGAACGUGAAAAGAGCCUUCAAGAAACACUACAGGCUCUUAGCCAAGAUUUUGAACAGUACAAAAUUGACAGUGAAUCCAAAAUGGAAAGAAUUCGAGAUGCAAGCAUGCAGUUAAAAAGUCACCAAAAUGAUUUUCAGAGAGUACAGAAAGAAUUGAGUCAGUUGCAACAUGAGUUAAAAAUUAAACAAAGACAAUCACAAAUCUUCAGUCAGAGAUUGACAGAAUACAAGUAUCUCUGGAAUAAGACUCUUUCAUUACUUACUUUUAGUAAAAGAGAGCUAACCAGUAUUAAAAAUGAAGUAUAUGAUAAUUUUCAAAACUGGACUUCACUGAAAGGAGAAGUUUUUCUACAAAUUAAAUCCAUAAGUGAAACAGCCUUGACAGAAAUAAAGAUGCUAAAUAAAAGUUUGACAGUGUCCCAGAGAAAUAAUGUAUGCCUUGAAGAGGAAAUGAAAAAUCUGAAAUUGUUGUCAGAUGCAGCCAUAUUGAGAUCUCAGCAAAUUGAGAUAUCCAAACAACAGGAAGUAAACUUGCAAACCAGAUGCCAUGACUUGCAAAAGGAAGUACUAGGUAAAAGAAUUACUUUUUGCUGCUCCACUGGGGGCCACUUCCGGCUGGCUCUUAUGACGUUGGAACAUGAUCCCGUCCUCUUUCAUAAGCACUUCCUUACUUUCGGUAUAACAAACUGUUUCAGGAAUAAAUCUAAUGAAGCUGAUGAGUGUCAAAGAGAACUUAGAAAACUGAAGUUCGAAUCCAUUAUUUCUGAGUCACGGCACACCAGAUUGCUUAAAGAAAAGGAAGACUCUUUAAUGACUUGUCAACAAAUAUAUAAAACUUUACAGGAAGAACUGACUGCAAAAGAAAGGCAAGAAGCUGACUUAAAAAGAAGAAUUAAUCUUGCAGAAAAUGAACUGGAAAUAACCAAAACUCUUCUGAAUCAGACAAAGCAGGAGGUUGUAACACUGAAAAGUGAAAGGGAAUUGAUGCUGAUUUCACAUCAGAAAAGCAUGGAGCAGUUGCAGGAAACCCUUAGACAGAAGAUGCUGAACGGUGAUAACUGGAGGGAGAAGGUUGAAGCUGAACUCGCCAAGGAAAGGGCCCAACAUUUAGUUGAAUUUCAGGAGCAAGCUCUUCUCUUUAAAGAAGUUAAACUGGAACUCGAUAUUGAAAAGGAAAAACACCAAGAAAUAAUCCAAAAGUGUAAGAAAGAAAAAGAAGAACUACAAAUGAAGAUAUCUGACUUAAUUGAAGGCUCUACUAAAGAUCUAAGGCUGAAAGUGGCUGCUCUUGAAGAAAAGCUCCAUGAAUCCCAUAUUCAAUAUACUGAAGAAUCUGAGUUAAAGGAGAAAGAAAUCGAAAACCUUAAAAAUUUGGUUGCAGAAUUUGAAUCACGCUUGAAGAAGGAAAUUGACAGUAAUGAUUCAGUUUCAGAGGACUUGAGGAAGGAAAUGAAACAGAAGUCAGAUGAACUGGAAAGAGUAAUGCUGGCACAAGCACAACUGAUACAGCAAUUCAACCAGUCCCAGGAAGAGAACACUUUUCUUCAGGAAACAGUGCGUAGAGAGUGUGAAGAACGCUUUGAACUGACGGAGGCUUUGAGUCAAGCCAGAGAACAGCUCCUGGAGCUCAGGAAGCUCGGCGGACGGUCACCCCUAUCACCAUGCUCCCUCAGCCAGGGCAGCCUAACCUCCUCUGUUGCAGCUAGCAGCAGUCAGGGAGAGAAGAGGCUCGCAAGACUGAACUCCGAAAUGAGAAUCAAAAUCCCCAGCCUGCACGGAGUGUCGAAACCCACCGCUUCCCCAGCCUCAACUCAGACCAGCAGGGUCAGCAGCUCAGGUUUGCCCACCCUCCCCCAGCCACACCCUCCCCGGGGUCGACCGUCUUCAGUCAGUGAGACCCGGCAGAGACUGGCUGUCAUUCUGCAGAGGAGACUGAGUCAGCAGUGAUGGAGCCAAAGUCAGGAGCAGCUCCACACAGCAUGCCUGUCUUUCCCAGAGUCCAGAAACUCACUGUACGAGGAUGAAAAGGAUCAAAUUACUACCACAGAUUAAGAAUGCAUACUUACAGAUAUUUUUAACAAGACAGUUGGAAAAGCUAAAGAAUUGUGAAACCACAUUUUCCAAGAGGCCUUUGAAACUGCAACAGAUAAUGAAGUUGUUGGUAUUCCAGAGGGCCAAUUUCUAUAUUUAUGUAUUGUGUGUUUCGAUGUGCUCUAUGAAUAUGCCCUUUUAGAGAUCAUAGUUUGUUCGUGUUUUAUUGACGCCUGGAUGCUCAGUCCUUGAUCGCGCACUUGCAUGAUAAGGAAGUGUCCUGGGGACAAAUAUCAAGAAGACCUGAGAUGCUUCCCUGGUGGUGCAGUGGUUAAGAAUCUGCCUGCCAAUGCAGGGGACAUGGGUUCGAGCCCUG